UGUUUUGAUAUUUUAAAUUCCUUUAUACUAUAUAUGUACUAAUGCUUGAUAUAUAUUGAUAUUACGAUGUCAUGGUCAAUGGAUUCUUUCAGUAUUUAUUUAAAAUUCUCUUUUUUUAAAUAUGUAUAAAAACCUCAAAUGUUUUAACCACAAACUGACUACAUAAUUAAUGUACAUUAGACUCGACAAAAUUAUAUAAAGAACCACUUCGUCAGCACAUGCGUUUAACGAUUUAGUACUAUCUGCCGGGACUAAACUACACAAGAGUUAAAAUGGAUUUUGUGCAUUUUUUCUGGUUUCCCAAUGCUUUAUAUCGCGUAGUGGGUUAUGAUUUUCAACAAUUGGCACGAGCACAUUGGAGACAGGUGAUAAUGAAGGCGUUUCUAAUAUUUACGACUAUAAGUGGUAUAUGCACUCGCAUCUAUAUGCUUUCCCAAUUGCGUGAACUGAUUUUAAAUGGUGACAUUUUGAAUAGCAUUCGUUUGGGUGUAUACAUAUCCUAUGCUAUUGAUUCAAAUGUGAAAUUUUUUGUAUUUCUUUUGAAUGCACAACGUCUUCGUGUUAUAUACCAAACUCUGUAUAAUGAGUACCCAGUGACACCUAUUGAACGCAAAUUAUAUCAAGUUGAUAAAUACAGUUUCAAACGUGCACAUUUAAUGAUGGUUGUUUACUUGUCGGUAACAAAUUCAAUACUUCUUGGACCAAUGCUCCAGUCAAUUUUUAUGUACUUCGUUAAUUUAUUUCACUAUGGUUAUGCUGUAGCAGAAUUUCCGUAUUUGCAUCCAACGCCCGUGUUAUAUAACUUUAACUAUUGUACGCCACAUUAUUACAUUCUCAUAUAUAUCUCGGAAUACUUAAACGGACAUUUUUGUACAACAACAAAUUUGGGUGCGGAUUUAUACGUGUGCACUUUUGCGGGACAAUUUUGUAUGCAACUGGAAUAUUUGGGCAACUCAUUGGAAACUUAUGAACCAAGAGUGGAGAAUUCAAAGACAGAUUGUGAGUUUUUGAUGGAAUGGAUAAGAAAGCACCAGCUAAUGUUGGAUCUAUGCUGUGAGCUGAAUGAGGUUUUUGGAACAACUCUAUUAUUUAAAUUAAUAUCAAAUUGUACUGUAUUUUGCGCAAUUGUUGUUCAACUGAAGUUAGAGGGCUUUGGUAUCGGGUUUUUUAAUUUUCUCAGCUUCUUUUUCGUUACUGUUGCCCAAUUCUUUAUGGUAUGCCAAUAUGGACAGAAGCUGAUUACCAUUAGCGAAGAUUUAGCACUUUGCGCUUACAAAAAUCGUUGGUACAAUGGAUCGCAAACAUACAAAAUCUUACUAUUCAAUAUAAUUGCGCGUGCGCAGAAACCAGUGAAACUGACCGCGAGGGGAUUUCAACCCAUCUCAUUGGCGACCUUUCAAAUUGUAAUGACAAUGACCUAUCGUGUAUUCGCUGUAUUACAACGUGCUUUAGAUUAGUAUAGUAACCAUAUAAAAUAUUACGAUAAACAGUAUUAUUCAAUAUAUAUGAAUAAAACCUCAAGCUAUGAUAUCUUAAAAAAAAUAAUUGCAUCAAUAUGUGUGUGUGAAAUAUUUUGAAGUAUAUACGUGCAAAAUUAAUUUAAAUUUAAAAUAGAUGAGACACAAAAUUUUACACACAAAUCAUAAACA